AUGAUCAGUGAAUCAAUGACUUCAAGUACCAUUGACAGAAGAAAUACAUUACUUUCAAAGAUUGAUUUAUCUCGUCAACAACCGAAUUCACAGCAACAAGAUAUUAAAGAAUUAACAAAAUUUCAAAAAAAUAUACGAAAUUUUCAUAUAUUUUCUUUAAUACUUUUUUUCUUUCUGUUUAUGUCUGUUGCUUAUUCAUUUAUUCGCAUGUUUAAAAAUCUGGAUUAA